AUGGACUCCAUGACCGACUCCUCCAAUUCGCUCCGCAGCAGCGACCUUCCGGAAAUGUUUCGGCCGCCCGUGAACCGCGCGAUGCGUGUCUUGGACCGCUCGUUCUUUCGCAAGUCGGUGCCUCUGUCCGCUGCUGCGGUCUUCCAAAACUCAGACAUUUCAAAGGUGCGAGCGGAGCUACACAAGAGCCGGGACCUGCUGGCUGUGCCUCGGCUCAACUGCAUCCGGGACGUGACAGACCAGGACGGGCAGAUAAAGAAAGCUCUGCUGCUGCGCGAAACUGUCAAGCAUGACGAUAAGGAAACGUGGUCACCGAAGAUAAGCGAGCUGGUGGAGAAGGGAAGGAUCGCAAUGCGGCCGUACGACCUGACGCUGGACUAUGAUUUUUGGACGUACGCCGAUAUUAUCUCCUCGAUUCUACCGGAGGACGAGCUACAAGAGAUUCCGCAGGGAUUUACUCAAGUGGGCCAUGUGCUGCAUUUGAACCUUCGCGAGCAAUACCUCCCGUACAAGUUUCUCAUUGCGGAGAUUCUGAAGGACAAGAACAAGGCGAUUAGGACGGUGAUUAACAAAACCGAGGAUGUUGGAUCGCAUAGCGAGUUCCGCACAUUCCCCUUCGAGCUUCUGGCGGGUGAUAAUGAUUUGAAUGUUGUCCAGCACGAGCAGGACUGCGAGUUCCGCUUUGACUAUUCCCGCGUCUACUGGAACAGUCGUCUGGAAACGGAGCAUCGGCGCCUCGUGGAGAAAUUCAACAAGGGCGAGAUGGUUUGUGAUGUGAUGGCUGGCGUGGGACCGUUUGCUGUGCCUGCCGGCAAGAAGAAGAUCUUUGUCUGGGCCAACGACCUCAACCCACACGGGUACGAGGUGAUGCAGGACGCAAUCAAGAGGAACAAGGUGGAGGGCUUCGUCACACCGUUCAACAUGGAUGGCCGGGAAUUCAUCCGCUGGUCUGCCAAGGAGCUCCUGAAGGCCGAGCCGGUGACCGUUACCAUUCAUCCCAAGGUGCGGCGGGACAGAAAAUCGGACAAUAAAGUCGAGCAGGCUCCCCCGCCUCAUCCGGAGGAGUAUCACCGUCCAGUGUUCUUCGACCACUACGUGAUGAACCUCCCCGCCACGGCGAUCGAGUUUCUCGAUGCAUUCCCCGGCGUCUAUGCCGGCAACGAGUCGCUGUUUGCUCCGCACACUUCCCAGCGUCUACCUAUGGUCCAUGUAUACUGCUUCUCGGGCCAUUCCGAGAACGAGCUGGACGACCACAUUGACAUCUGCCAGCGGAUAUCCGAGCGUAUUGGAUACACUAUCACGCCCGAGGAUCGGAUCGGAGGCAGUGGGAAUCAGAGCAUUGAGCUCUCGAUCCACAAUGUGAGACUGGUCAGCCCUAAGAAGCAGAUGUUCUGUGCUAGCUUCCGUCUGCCUGCGGAGGUUGCGUUCAAAAAGCAUCAACAGUAUAGAAAAUCGUACGUGGAAGGCGGUGAACAUGUCACCGCCUCAAACUGCCUUGCGCCCUCCACCUCGAAGUUUUCCCGCUUGGGCAUGAGCUCAACGUUCAAGCUCCGCAUCCCUCGUCUGUCAACCUCGUCAACCUUCCACCGUCUACGGAAGUACACACCGAAGCAUUUUCCUUUACGAAUUCAAGAUUUAUCAGGCAACAAACCCAUCAUGAGCGUCCAGCUCCCCCCAGCCACGCACCGCAAGCGCGCCCUCCCCCAGGGCGAACUCGAAGCAGCCUCAACCCUCAAACUCGGCGCCGAUCAAAACACACAUACCCUCUCGCUGUCCGAGGCACGGCUCGUCAUCAACAAGGUGCUGGAGAAUAAGCGCCGUGGGGGGAAGAAAUAUGAGGAACCGGAGAAUCUUACCAAGACGCUGGACUACCUCGAGGUAUUUGCGCGGUUCAAGGACGAGGAGAACAUCAAGGCCGUGGAGCGGUUGCUGAACUCGCAUACUGAGCUGGAGAUGUUCGAGCGGUCGCAGCUGGGGAGCUUGUGCUGCGAUAAUGCUGAGGAGGCCAAGUCGCUUAUUCCGAGUUUGCAGCAUAAGAUCUCCGAUGCGGAUUUGCAGGAGCUGUUGGAUGAGUUGACGAAGCUGAGGAAUUUCACCGAGUGA